AACAGGUUUAUGUUUUCUGUGUCUAACCGGCAUUUCAGAUCUGCUUGGUAAACCUGGUGCUGACCCACCAUGCUGGCCGCAAGGCUCGUGUGUCUCCGGACACUGCCUUCCAGGGUUGUCCACCCAACUUUCACCAAGGCUUCUCCUGUUGUGAAGAAUUCCAUCGCAAAGAACCAGUGGCUCCUCACACCCAGCAGGGAAUAUGCCACCAAGACCAGGAUUGGAGCCCGACGUGGGAAAACUGGCCAAGAACUCAAAGAGGCUGCUUUACAACCGUCCGCGGAAAAAAUAUUUAAAAUUGAUCAGAUGGGAAGAUGGUUUGUUGCCGGAGGGGCUGCUGUGGGGCUCGGAGCCUUGUGCUACUACGGCCUGGGCAUGUCUAAUGAAAUUGGAGCCAUCGAGAAGGCUGUAAUUUGGCCUCAGUAUGUGAAGGACAGAAUCCACUCCACCUACAUGUACCUGGCAGGGAGUAUCAGUCUCACGGCUCUGUCUGCCAUGGCGGUCGUCAGGACUCCUGUCCUCAUGAACUUCAUGACCAAGGGCUCCUGGGUGACCAUUGGUGCCAGCUUUGCAGCCAUGAUUGGAACUGGAAUGCUGGUACAGUCCAUAUCGUAUGAGCAGAGCCCAGGACCAAAGCAUCUUGCAUGGAUGCUGCAUUCUGGUGUGAUGGGUGCAGUGGUGGCUCCCCUGGCAAUGCUCGGGGGGCCUCUCCUCGUCAGAGCCGCGUGGUACACCGCUGGCAUUGUGGGCGGCCUCUCUACCGUGGCCAUGUGCGCACCCAGUGAGAAGUUCCUGAACAUGGGCGCCCCGCUGGGAGUGGGCCUGGGUCUCGUCUUUGCGUCCUCUCUGGGGUCUAUGUUUCUGCCACCCACCUCUGUGGCUGGUGCCACCCUGUACUCGGUGGCCGUGUAUGGUGGAUUAGUUCUGUUCAGCAUGUUCCUUCUGUUUGAUACCCAAAAAGUGAUCAAACGUGCGGAAGUAACACCAAUGUAUGGAGCUCACAAAUACGAUCCCAUCAAUUCGAUGCUGGGGAUCUACAUGGACACACUGAAUAUAUUUAUGCGAGUGGCAACGAUGCUAGCAACUGGAGGCAACAGGAAGAAAUGAAGCGGCCCUGCUCUGGCUUCUGCACAGCACCUGCCGUCUCACUUGUUCGGCAGGGGCUGCUGUUCACUAGAUCGUUUGUCCAAGCAGCUUGCUCUGAAGUUCAGAAGAUACGUGUCCACCUAUGUAAAUGUUCCAGUCAUGUCACGCUUCCCAUCAUUUCGUUGUAGAGAAUAAAUUCAGUGUUCCCUUCCAGAUAAGCGCACACAUUUCCAAUUCUCAUGUUUGAAUAAUUUUUUUAAAUGUAGAAAGUAAGGUCUCUGUUAAAAGAAGUUAAAUAUCA